CAUUAAUCUGGCACAAGGUCCAGGACAAGAUGGCUACCGCUGCUGGCCGAUCAUACGGAGAAGGAGGCCGAGCAACUAAACGACAGAAAACAGAGGACGGAGGAAUGACAACGGAGAGUUACGAGGACCCUCACAAACCGUUGCCCUCCCCGGUGGUGCACAUCAGGGGCUUGGUUGACGGUGUUGUGGAGACUGACUUGGUGGAAACCUUGCAAGAGUUCGGGGCCAUCAGUUCUGUGGUAAUGAUGCCCAAUAAGCGCCAAGCCUUGGUGGAGUUUGAAGACUUGAAUGGAUCCGGCAAUGCUGUUACAUUUGCAGCUGAGAACCAGGUUUACAUUGCAGGCCACCCUGCCUUCAUCAAUUAUUCCACAAGCCAAAAGAUCUCUCGCCCAGGAGACUCGGACGACACCCGGAGUGUGAACAAUGUGUUGCUGCUCACAAUCAUAAAUCCCAUCUAUCCCAUCACAACGGAUGUGUUAUACACCGUAUGCAACAACUGUGGUCCUGUACAGAGGAUCGUCAUCUUCAGAAAGAAUGGUGUUCAGGCCAUGGUCGAAUUUGACUCCAUCCAAAGCGCCCAGAGGGCUAAAGCCUCGCUGAAUGGGGCAGACAUCUACUCCGGUUGCUGCACGCUGAAGAUAGAAUAUGCCAAGCCAUCUCGCCUAAAUGUCUUCAAGAAUGACCAGGGCACAUGGGACUACACAAACCCCGGUCUGAGUGGCCAAGAUGCUGAUGGCGAAGGCAAUUGGAACAAUUCACAAGAUCCAAAUGCCAAUUCCAACAAACGCCAGAGGCAGCCUGCUCUUCUUGGAGACCACCCACCUGAUUUUGCUGGCCCUCAAGGGGGUUAUCAUGGCUACAAUGAUGACACCUAUGGUCCCCCCCACCGCAUGGGGCCAGGCAUGGGUGGACGUGGUCGCGGCAAUCAGCGCUACGGUCCUGGAUACGGGCCACCAGCCCCUGAGUAUGGUCCUCACGCGGACUCUCCCGUUCUCAUGGUGUAUGGCCUUGAGCCCUCAAAGAUCAAUGCUGACAAGGUUUUCAACAUCUUCUGCCUUUAUGGAAAUGUGGAGAGGAUUAAGUUCAUGAAGAGCAAGCCUGGGGCUGCAAUGGUUGAAAUGGGUGACUGUUACUCUGUGGACCGAGCCAUCACACAUCUUAACAACAACUUCCUCUUUGGGCAAAAACUCAACGUCUGUGUGUCAAAGCAGCAGGCUAUUGUUCCAGGACAGAGCUACCAGUUAGACGACAACACCAGUAGCUUCAAAGACUUCCACGGUUCCCGCAACAACCGCUUCACGUCUCCAGAACAGGCAGCCAAGAACCGUAUCCAGCACCCAAGCAAUGUCUUGCAUUUCUUCAAUGCUCAGCCUGACAUUUCUGAGGAGGUUUUCAAACAGGUCUGUGAAGACUUGGGAAUCAAGAGCCCUACAAGUGUGAAACUCUUCACUGGAAAGAGUGAGCGCAGUUCUUCAGGCUUGAUGGAGUGGGAAUCCAUUAAUGACGCCAUGGAAGCUCUGGCAUUGUUGAACCAUCACCAGAUGAAAAACCCCAGUGGGCCUUACCCCUACACUCUAAAGCUGUGUUUCUCAACCACACACCAUGCCAACUAAGUACACUCCGUUCAAACAAUUAACAAUAUAAUGGUAUUCUGUUCUUAUGUCCCAUUAAAAUAUUCACUCACUAUUGACACUAA